UUCAAUAGUAGCAAUGACUUGUAUCCUCUUUGCAAUUUCUCAUCUUUCCCUAAACGAUACUACUAAAUAGGCAAUCAUGGAAACAGCUGAUGAAGCUCGAAACCAGGGUUCAAGUGUAAGCAUUUUAGAGAAAAAUCCUAAAGUUGUUUUUGUGUUAGGUGGCCCAGGCAGUGGGAAAGGAACACAAUGUACAAACAUUGCCAAACUGUUUGGUUAUACUCACCUCAGUGCUGGAGAUCUUCUGCGAGCAGAGUCCGAAUCUGAUUCGGAAAAUGAAAUAAUGAUCAAGAAUGUGAUGAAAGAAGGGAAAAUUGUUCCUUCAGAGGUGACAGUGAAGCUUCUGCAACAAGCAAUGUGGAAAAUUGGCAAUGACAAAUUUCUCAUUGAUGGCUUUCCUCUUAACGACGAAAAUCGGGCAGCAUUUGAGAAUGUGACUGGAAUAGAGCCAGCUUUUGUUCUGUAUUUCGAUUGUCCCGUGGAAGAGAUGGAGCGGCGUCUUCUUAAUAGGAACCAAGCAAGAGAGGAUGACAAUAUUGAAACAAUAAAGAAGCGAUUUAAGGUUUUCUUGGAGUCUAAUCCACCCGUGAUUUCUUAUUAUGGCGAGAAAGGAAAAGUUCGCAAGAUUGAUGCAGCAAGGUCGAUUGAUCAGGUUUUUGAGUCAGUCAAGACAAUUUUCGAAGCACAAGAUUAAAUGGAUACACAUGUGAUCAGCAAGGUGGUGGGUGUCGGAUACAGAAAGAAAAUGCAGGAUGAUAGUGCCCUGAGAAUGAAAUUAUUAUUGCUAAGAAUUCGCACAAUUGAUCAAUGAUGAAACGUAGUAAUUAGUAUGGUUGGCUGACUUCAAUUCUAUGGUAUUUCAUGGUUGACUGAUUUUUAGCAUGCUUGUGUUUCUACUUGAAUAACAUAUCAAUGCUUUUUCUUAUAUGUAUAAAGAGCAGGGGAAAAAUAAAAAAUAUAAAACAUUAACGCCCACCGUGGGGCUCGAACCCACGACCACAAGGUUAAGAGCCUUGCGCUCUACCAACUGAGCUAGACGGGCUUUUGAUAUUAAAAAUUCAAAACUUCUGAAAAGUCUC